GCCGCCGCCGUUCCCGCUCCCCGCCGCCGCCGCCGUCACCUCCCAGCCCUGCCGCUGCUUCCUGAGCCCACCUGCCAGCCUGCUGGUCCCACAGACCCCUCCUGUUACCUAGCCUCUUCCCCCGCCGCCCCGGGGUCGCGGCUCCGGUGGACGCGAGCAGGCCGAGGAGGCGGCGGCGGCGGCGUCCCCCUCCAUGCCCGGGAUGGUCAGCGGGGUUCUGCUCCUGCCCGGCCGCUCCCGUCCUGGCAGCCUUUCCCCUUCAGGCUGCGGCUCCCCAGCCCUGUCGGUCAAGGCCUGACCACUCGACUAACGAAGCCUCCUGCGUUAAGCCCAAAGCUUUCGGGGCGCGUUCGGUCUCCUCCGCCUCCUUCCCACCCACCUGUUGAUGCGAGAAGGUUCUCACCCUUCUCCUCUCGCCUUCCUCAGGCUCUCCGCUGCUUUUCGCUCGGGUCGAGCUGACCUCAGAGGCAGAGCUGUAACGCUGCGUACCCGCGGCACGGGCUGAGGUUAACCCUUGCCAGCCAGCUCCCUUGUUUCGGCACCGCACAACCGCUGCUUGUUUACUCCUCUGCUCGCCCGACCCGCCAAGGCCGUGUGAUGCCCUCGGCUGCCAACUCGUCUGUAACAAGAGAAGUGCUAACGUGAUUCUCCUCUGGUGUUUUUUUCCCCCCCUCCCUUCCUAGAAGGAGUGGUGCUGGCUUCAGCCCGAGCACAUCUAGGCGGUGGUGGUGGUGCUUGAAGGGAAGCUGCCAGAGCCCUGCCGGGAUGUUCCUGCGCUUGCUGUCGGAUGUGCGGUGGCGAGCGGCUAACCCGAGAUGGAGAGGAGCCUGCUGCCCCUGCAGGAGCACUUCCAACGCAGCAGAACCUCACCCACUUGCCUUGCCAGCGCGGGCACAGGUGGUCAUCUGUGGUGGAGGAAUCAUGGGCACCUCCGUGGCCUAUCACCUCUCCAAGAUGGGUUGGAAGGACAUAGUCUUACUUGAGCAGGGCAGGUUGGCUGCUGGCACCACUCGCUUCUGCGCCGGCAUCGUGAGCAUGGCCCGCCCUGUGUCCAUCGAGCUGAAGAUGGCAGACUACUCAAACAAGCUCUACCAGCAGCUGGAACAGGAGACAGGAGUGAACACAGGGUACGUGAAGACAGGCUCCAUCUCCCUGGCUCAGACCCAGGACCGCCUCAUCUCCCUGAAGCGCAUCGCCUCGUCGCUCAAAGUCAUGGGCAUCCCUUGUGAAAUCAUCACCCCAAAGCAAGUGGCACAGCUCCACCCCCUGAUCAACAUCCACGACCUGGUGGGGGCCAUGUAUGUGCCAGAAGAUGCGCUGGUGUCAUCGGCCAAUGUGAGUCUCGCUCUGGCAACCGCUGCCUCACGGAAUGGUGUCCAGAUCCACGAGCGGACGAGCGUCAGCCACGUCUCAGUCCAGAAGGGUCAUGUGGCAGCAGUGGAGACUGACAGGGGACAGAUUCAGUGCCAGUACUUUGUCAACUGUGCUGGCCAGUGGGCAUAUGAGUUGGGUCACUCUGUGGAGGAACCAGUCAACAUCCCACUCCAUGCCUGUGAACACUUCUACCUCCUGACUCAUCCCUUGAAGGAACCUCUGGCAAGCAACUUACCAACUGUGGUAGACCCAGAUGGCAGGAUCUACAUCAGGAACUGGCAGGGUGGCAUCCUCUCAGGGGGCUUUGAGAAGAACCCCAAACCUCUCUUCACAGAGGGGCGGAACCAGCUGGAGAUCCACAACCUGCAGGAAGACUGGGAUCAUUUUGAGCCCCUCCUGAGUGCCCUGCUACGUAGGAUGCCCGAGCUGGAGGCCUUGCAGAUCAUGCAGCUGGUGAACUGCCCAGAGUCCUUCACCCCAGACAUGCGCUGCAUCAUGGGGGAGUCGCCAGCCGUGCGUGGCUACUUCGUCCUGGCUGGCAUGAACUCUGCUGGCAUCUCUUAUGGUGGGGGAGCAGGCAAGUACCUGGCAGAGUGGAUGGUGCACGGGUACCCCACAGCAAACGUCUGGCCUCUGGAUCUGAAGCGCUUCGGCAGCCUGCAGAGCAGCCGCACUUUCCUCCGGCACCGCGUGAUGGAAGUGAUGCCCCUCAUGUGUGACCUUAAAGUACCUCGCUGGGACUUCCAGACCGGCAGGCAGCUGCGGACCUCACCGCUCUACGACCGCCUGGACGCGCAGGGAGCUCGCUGGAUGGAGAAGCAUGGAUUUGAGAGAGUCAAGUACUUUGUGCCACCUGGCAAAGAUCUGCUGGAUUUGGAUCAGAGCAAAACCUUCUACAAGCCAGACUGGUUUGAUAUCGUGGGCUCAGAAGUCAAGUGCUGCAAGGAAGCAGUUUGUGUCAUUGACAUGUCCUCUUUCACCAAGUUUGAAAUCAGUUCUACAGGAGACCAGGCCCUGGAAAGCCUACAGUACCUCUUCUCCAAUGACCUGGAUGUGCCAGUUGGGCACGUGGUGCACACUGGCAUGCUCAACGAGAAGGGAGGCUACGAGAACGACUGCAGCAUCGCGCGGCUGAGCAAGCGCAGCUUCUUCAUGAUUUCCCCUACUGACCAACAAGUCCAUUGCUGGGCCUGGCUGAAGAAGCACUUGCCCGAGGACCCUGGCCUGACCAUGGAAGAUGUGACCUGGAAGUACACAGCUCUCAACCUGAUCGGUCCCCGUGCUGUGGAUGUCCUCUCAGAGCUCUCCUAUGCCCCCAUGACUGCAGAACACUUCCCCUCCCUCUUCUGCAAGGAGAUGAGCGUGGGCUACGCCAACGGCAUCCGCGUGAUGAGCAUCACCCACACAGGGGAGCCUGGGUUCGUGCUCUACAUCCCCAUAGAGUAUGCCCUGCACGUGUACAACGAGGUGAUGAACAUGGGCCAGAAGUACGGGAUCCGCAACGCCGGCUACUACGCGCUGCGCAGCCUGCGCAUCGAGAAGUUCUUCGCCUUCUGGGGGCAGGACCUGGAUGCUUUUACCACUCCCAUGGAGUGUGGACGUGAGUUCCAGGUCAAGCUGGACAAGGGCCUGCCUUUCGUGGGGCAGGCAGCACUGCUGGAGCAGAAGCAGCAAGGGGUCUACAAACGCUUCACCAUGUUCAUCCUGGAGGACCACGACACGGACACGGACCUGUGGCCCUGGUGGGGGGAGCCCAUCUACCGCAACGGCCGCUACGCCGGCAGGACCACCAGCAGCGCCUACAGCUACACGCUGGAGCGCCACGUCUGCCUGGGCUUCGUGCAGCACUUCCACCAGCAGACAGGGGAGGAGCUGGUGGUCACCACCGACUUCAUCAACCAGGGAGACUACGAGAUCGACAUCGCCGGGCAGCGCUUCCAGGCCAAGGCUAAGCUCUACCCCUUCAGCUCCCUCUUCGCCCAGCAGCGGCGCCGCAAGGAUGAGGUGGAACUGAGCAGCUACCAGAGGGAGUAGGGAUGGACCUCACCUGCUGCCUAACUGCCCAGCUGGAGUUCUCCAGCUUCCAGUCCUCCUCUCCAGCUUCCAGUCCUCCUCUCCAGCUUCCAGUCCUCCUCUCCACCUUCCAAUCCUCCUCCUCCUCACCUCCAGAGCUUCCUUUCCCUCUCGCCCAGCAGUGGCGCCGCAAGGAUGAGGUGGAACUGAGCAGCUACCAUUGGGAGUAGGGAUGGACCUCACCUGCUGCCUAACUGCCCAGCUGGAGUCCUCCUCUCCAGCGUCCAGUCCUCCUCUCCACCUUCCAAUCCUCCUCCUCCUCACCUCCAGAGCUUCCUUUCCCUCUUCGCCCAGCAGCGGUGCCGCAAGGAUGAGGUGGAACUGAGCGGCUACCAGAGGGAGUAGGGAUGGACCUCACCUGCUUCCUAACUGUCCAGCUGGAGUCCCCUCUCCAGCUUCCAGUCCUCCUCUCCAGCUUCCAGUCCUCCUCUCCAGCUUCCAGUCCUCCUCUCCACCUUCCAGUCCUCCUCUCCAGCUUCCAAUCCUCCUCCUCCUCACCUCCAGAGCUUCCUUUCCCUCUUCGUCCAGCAGCGGCGCCGCAAGGAUGAGGUGGAACUGAGCAGCUACCAGAGGGAGUAGGGAUGGACCUCACCUGCUGCCUAACUGCCCAGCUGGAGUCCUCCUCUCCAGCUUCCAGUCCUCCUCUCCACCUUCCAGUCCUCCUCUCCACCUUCCAAUCCUCCUCCUCCUCACCUCCAGAGCUUCCUUUCCCUCUUUGUCCAGCAGCGGCACCGCAAGGAUGAGGUGGAACUGAGCAGCUACCAGAGGGAGUAGGGAUGGACCUCACCUGCUGCCUAACUGCCCAGCUGGAGUCCUCCUCUCCAGCUUCCAGUCCUCCUCUCCACCUUCCAAUCCUCCUCUCCAGCUUCCAGUCCUCCUUCUCCUCACCCUCAGAGCUUCCUUUCCCUCUUCGCCCAGCAGCGGCGCUGCAAGGAUGAGGUGGAACUGAGCAGCUACCAGAGGGGGUAGGGAUAGAUCUCACCUGCUGCCUAACUGCCCAGCUGGAGUCCUCCUCUCCAGCUUCCAGUCCUCCUCCUCCUCACCCCCAGAGCUUCCUUUCCCUCUUCAUCCAGAAGUGGCGCUGUAAGGAUGAGGUGGAACUGAGCAGCUACCAGAGGGAGUAGGGAUGGACCUCACCUGCUUUCUAACUGCUGAGCUGGAGUCCUCUCCAGCUUCCAGUCCUCCUCUCCACCUUCCAAUCCUCCUCUCCAGCUUCCAGUCCUCCUCCUCCUCACCCUCAGAGCUUCCUUUCCCUGUUCCCUCAGCAGCGGCACCACAAGGAUGAGGUGGAACUGAGUGGCUACCAGAGGGAGCAGGGAUAGACCUCACCUGCUUCCUAGCUGCUGAGCUGGAGUCCUCUCCAUCCUCCAGUCCUCUUCCUCACCCCCAGAGCUUCCUUUUAACCUUUUUUCCAGCGUGUUACCUUUUGUACAUUUUAAACCUUCCCUUUCCCAAGGCCUUCCCCAGCCUCUGUCUCCCUCCCUCCCCCCUUUGCUUGCCAACCUCCCACCGCCACCACGUCCCAGUGGGCAAAGCACGGCGCUGAGAACGCCUCCACAUAUCCAUGGGAGGAGGCCUCUAUAGGAACACAACCCCACCAGUGGUGAAGGGAAGAGUUUGGAUGGAGCCCUGAAGACUUGACUCUUGCUCUCUCCUCUCCAGCACGGCACAGCAGGUACCUGCUGAAGGCUGUGGCUUCACCUUGCUCUCCGCAUGCCACAUCGGCGAUGCCCGCGGCAGUAGGACCAUCAGCUACCUCAUUGGCAUGAGACAGCCUGGUGUGUGAGCAGAGCCAGGAGCCAGGUUUUGGGGUAGAGUUCAGCCUGUGCCUGCCCCACUCUGUUGUCCCUAAAGAGGGAGCAGAGUGGAUUCAGCCCUCAGCUGUCACCGAGGUGUGGGCUUAGCGCUGGUAAGUCUGCUGGGCGGGACUGGAGUGUUUGGAGCGAGGUCACUUAGACACACAAUAGAAUCUCAAGGUGUGGGUUCCACUCUUCUGAAGGAAGAUGAAGGUUUGGGUGGUUCUUAACCAAACUGCUGAUUUCUAACCAGAAA